AUGGCAUUUAAUAAUAAUAAUAAUAAUACUAAUAAUAAUAAUAAUAACAACAACAAUAAUCACAAUGAUAUUCAACAUAAUAAUGAUGAUUAUUUUGAUAUAAACUCAUCAAACCAUUCAUUGUCAUUUGCACAUUUCAAGAGAAUCGAUGAACAGUUGGUACAUCAUUUACAACAAUCACAUAAUGAAGAUCGUCAAUUUUAUCAACAAUAUGGGACAUCUAUAUCAGAUGACUUGGUAACAACAAGGAGACAUCGUCAACAACAGGCAAACAACACUCAAUCAUCAUCAUCAUCAUCAUCAUCAUCAUCAUCAUCAUCAUCAUCAUCAUCAUCAUCAUCAUCAUCAUCAUCAUCAUCAUCAUCAUUGGAUGCGGACAAGAUUCGCUUGGUAGAAUCACAUCGAGAGACACAGUCAACCAUUUUACCUCUUUUACUUAGUCAAUGUAAUCUUUUAGAUACUCUUGCAAAUUCAACUUAUAAUCAACAACAACAAUCAACAAAUAUAACCGAGAGUACUUUAUCAAAGGAUGAACUAGAUAGAAGGGAUUGUUAUUAUCUUUUAUCAUCUUUUAAUGAUACUACUCUCAACAUUAUUCAAGAUACUGCAUACGCUUCUUUAGAUAGUAAAUCACCAUCAUCUUUAUCAUCAGAGACAUCCACAUUCGCAUCAACUAUUAUCGAUACGCAAUUGACAAUAUCAAUCACACAAUCAUCUGAGGAAUUGGAUAAACGAGAUGACUAUUAUAAAGAAAUGUGCGAUAAUGCAUAUCCAAUAAUACCUCCGCCCCCACCUCCUAUAGUACAAACACCUCUGCAACCUGUACAUACUCCUCCAUCACUCUUUUCAUCAUCAACAACAGACAACAAUCAAACCGACAACACAAAACCUCCUUACAACUUGAAAAGACCAAAUAGCAUGCUACACGACAGUAAUCAAAAUUAUAAUAAUAAUACCAAUUCAUUACCAACAACAGUAAAUAAUAAUAAUAAUAAUAAUAUUAAUGGUGAAUAUAAUUAUAAACAAAACAAUCGUAAAAUGCCAACAAGUUCUCCUCCUGCUCCUACACCUAUAUUGCAACAAAGAAAUCAGACCAUGGAAAUAGAUGAAGAGCAAAAACCACUACCAUCUUUUUCAUCUGCGAAAAAGAAACUAGUUGAAGAUCAAGUUAAAAAAGGAAUUACGCCAACAACACAACAAUCCUCAUCCUCAUCAUUAUCAAAAGGAGCUCAAAUGGUCAUGAGUGCCGUUACUGGUGGGCACAAAAGAGGUAAAUUUGAGGUCCCAGUGAAAAAGGAAGAAGGAGAUUUCGAACCAGUUCCUCCUCCUCCUCCUCCUGUUGCCGCUAAAAAACUAGCCAAACUUAACAACAACAACAACAACAAUAAUCAAACUAAAAAGGAUGACGAAACCAAUCCUAGUGGAAUUACAGAUGUCAAUGGUAUACCUCUUGACGAUGAAAGAUUAAAACAUUGCGAACCAAGAAUGUUGGAGCUUAUUUGUAAUGAAAUUUUGGAUAACAGGGCAUCGGUACGAUGGGAAGACAUCGCAGGAUUGGAAAAGGUUAAAGAACAAAUCAAAGAAAUGGCCAGCUAUCCCCUUCUCAGACCUGAUAUUUUCAAGGGUUUGCUAAUCCCACCAAAAGGUAUGCUAUUGUUUGGUCCACCAGGAACGGGAAAAACAAUGAUUGGAAAAGCUGUAGCAAGUGAAGUAAAAGCAACCUUUUUCAGUAUAUCUGCUAGUACACUCACCAGUAAAUGGAUUGGAGAGGGUGAAAAGAUGGUCAGAGCAUUGUUUGCUGUUGCACUUUGUUAUGCACCGUCUAUCAUAUUUAUCGAUGAAAUCGACUCUUUAUUGACACAGAGAACAGAGGGCGAAAAUGAAGCCAGUAGGAGAAUCAAAACAGAGUUUUUAAUUAGAUGGGAUGGUGUCUCUGGAAAUUCUAGCGAUAGAAUGCUAUUAAUUGGAGCAACAAACAAACCAGAGGAAUUGGACGAAGCAGCACGUAGACGUUUGGUCAAGAAAUUUUAUAUUCCUCUACCAGAAAAUGUGGCAAGAUAUCAACUACUCAAGAACUUACUUUCAAAAGGAGAUCAUACACUUGUAGAGCAUGAACUACAAGACAUUACAGAACGCACAGAGGGGUACUCUGGUGCUGAUAUUAAGGAACUAUGCACAGAGGCAGCAUUUGGACCUAUUCGUGGUGUUGGUGAUAUCAUGGCUGUCGACAGUCAAUCGGUACGACCUAUUAAUCAUCAAGAUUUUUUGGAUGCUCUCUCUGGUAUGGAACCGAGUGUUGAUCCAAAAGAAUUGGCUUCAUACAUUGAAUGGAACAAUAAGUUUGGAAAUAAAAAUAAAAAAUUAGAGAGACAUUUAUAA